GCUUCUUCCCGGCUUCCAACCGCCCUACCGAACCGGGAUCUCCCCCAGCCUCACCUGGAGCUCCCUCUGACCCCGCCGCCCAGCCCGACUCCCUUCCCGGCCCCUUACCCCGGCUCGGAGCCUGAGAUUGUCCCAGCAUGAGUGACAUUGGCUUUCCUAAUGUAAUGACUUAUGAAAGAUAUAAUCAUGUGUUAAAUUGAAUCCUCCGCUUAACUGUUAAUGGUGUGCUCUGGGCACAUUUACGUAUUAGAUGCUAUGGUAACUAAUUACCACUAGAAGAAGGGAUAAUACACUUUCCAGACUUUGACAAAUAAUUAUGAGUGUUCACAUCCCUGCUAGCAGCAGUUGCAGCGGAUCUGCUGGAAUGAGUAAGUGAAUAAAUGAAUGGAGGAGCCAGGACUCUGCGACUCUCUCCAGGAUCAUUUGUAACUGUGAUUGCACCGCCACUGCCCACAGGCAGAAGGGAUCCCGAGGCUGUAAGCAAACGGCGGAACAGGUCCUUAUCGGAGCGGGACAAAACUUUGGGGAAGUCGCUCUGGGCUCCGCGCCGGUCCCGGCCCCCGCCUCUCUCCCGCUCCGCGGGGUCGCUGCUGCCCGCCGGGGCCCGUCCGGCGCCUGGGAAGGCUCCGGCGCUAAAGGAGCCUAUCGGAGGCGUAACAGAGGUUCUCCGUGGAGUAUUGCUCUUGGCUGAGGCAGGCGCCGCAGGGGUUAAGACUCUUGCCAUCCCGCCGGAGCAGGGGCUAAGGUGGGACCCGCUGCCGGGAGCGGGAGCCGGCGUGCCUGUCCCGGCCCCCGGCCCGACUCGGGGCUCCUACCAGCCAAAUACGUCGCAGAAGGGACAUCUGCUAAAUGAGCAAAGAGCUGAAGCCAGUCCCAUUUCCCCGUGGUCACCCAUCAGCUCGGUGUCACCCAGCCCGCCCCCUGCACAUCCCCGAAGCGCUCCGGAGGGGAAUUUGCUCUGGUUCGGUUGGUUCUCCAGCCUCGGGAAGGGUUAAAUCCUUCCCCAAGCCCCUAGUUGCCCUUGUCCUCUCAACCUGAUUCAGAGACGUGUAAUAAAAUAGGAAGCAAAUUUAUGGUCUGUUUCAAGCACUUUACUGCUGUAUUUUUAAAUUCAUAUAUGCACAUAUAAGAACUAUGAUCUGUGAAUAAUUUGAAAUGCUAUAGGAAAAUGAUGUAUUUUAGAUCAAAGAUAACCGUUUUCUUACAUAAUUGUCUCAGAUUAAAAUAAAAAAUAAAGAUACAUUUCGAACAGAGACAAAGCUGAAAAUCUAAUGACCGCCAUAAACUGCUAGACAGCCAUAAAUUAACGUCUUCAUCAAACACUGAAGGGAUCAGUGCUUAUCUAAAUCAACAAUUAUUUCUUCCGAGAAGUUGCAGAACAGAUUGCCCCUCUAAUACUGUUUUUAAAUCCUCAUAAUUGAGGAUUAGGGGCAAACAAUCGCCUUUCCAGAGUAAACCUCCUCUCCACCAGCCGAAGCCCUCCAAACUCACCGAACACCCGGACCGCUUCCCUAGGAACCU